AUGGAGACUCAUUCCGCGAUAGGGGACAAUAAAACUGUCCGAAUUUCAAACAUCCCAAUAUCGAUUUCCCGUACUGCGCUUCAGGAAUACCUUAGAGAGCUAGAUAACUCAUUCGGCAUCAUCGCAGAAGACAGCAGUGGUCUCUAUAUAUCGCUGGAACCUGACGCUUCGGACGAAGACUGCCAGCGGCUCCAGGUGGCAACUGUGACAUUAUCCAAGUUGGUUCACGUUCCCUCUGGUCUGCGCCUAGGACCACCUGGAGACAAAUUUAGAGGGGAAGUGGACACCCAUUUUCGAGGACUAACACCGCUCAACGACCCCAAAGACCCAGUGAUUGAGUGCAUACUACUCACGCCUUUGUGCUAUGGUAUUCUAUGA